AUGUCCUAUGAUUGGCUAAAUAUACCAGGGCUUGCACAAAAUGCAGCUGAUAAUAAUCAACAAUCACAACAACAACAAUCGUCCUCUUUCAAUGGCCUCGGUCCACCAAGUGUAUCAUUCGAUUUUGGUGUUCCAACUCCUACUAACUCAAAUUUAAAGAUCAUUGAACCUACUGCAUCAAUUAGAAGUCAUAGUGACACGUCAAUUCCUACCCUUUCAAACAGUACUAAUAAUGCUGAAAAUGCUGCUCUCAUGAAUUAUAACGAAUCCAUGGAUGAUCUAAGAGUGCCCCUAUCAUUAUCACAAAAUCAAUUAACUCAUGAAGAAUUAAGAACAUACUUAAGAUGGUAUAAUUACAUAACAGCAAAGACACAUAAUAAAUUAGUUAAAUUAUGGGAUGUUUUCACUUUUUUGAAAAAUUUCAAUAUUAAUGAUGAUUUGAAAAAUAGAUUAUCCACCAUCUUUAGAAGUUGUAAAAAUGCUUUAAAUAUUGGUCAAUUUUUUGCUUUAUUAAGAUUGGUUUCAAAAGCUCUGAUAGAACAUGUAUUACCAACAAGGAAAAUGAUUAUGGAAAAGGCUCCCAUUCCAAGACCAAGACCAAUAUUGGCAAGAAAUGAAGAUGGUCAAGAAAUUUAUGAAGAAGUGGAGGAAAAUGCCCCAGAUGGUGUCAAUGGUGGUGGUGUUGAUUUCGAUUCUUUUACGUCUUUACUUUUGACAGGCCAAACUUCAAAGAAAAGAAUAAGAAGGAAAAUUAAAAAUAUUGCAUUUAAAAAUAAAAGGGUAAGAUUCUCUGAACAUGUAACGUUCCAAGAUCCUCCAAAAAAUAGUGAUCAGAACAUCAAAAAUAAUAAUAAUAAUAACACGACUACGAAUGAUAAUCACAUUGUGAUACCGGAGGAAAAAGAUGAAUUCAUAAAAGGUCCAUUGGAUUUAUCAUUACCAAUGGAUCAAUUAUUAAAACAACUAGCUAAGAAGUCGGAGAAUACAGGUUUAGUUUCCACAUUACCAAAUGAACAACAAGAAACAGAAGAAGAAAAGGAAGUCUUAAAGGAUAUGCAAGAUUCCUUAUCUCAUUUCAAGAAGAUUACUACUGUAGAUUCUGCAACAAUGUUCACAGAGAAUCCAUUAUUGCAACCUUUGUUUGGAAUUAAUAAUGGUAUGAAUAAUAGUUUUAAUGGGAAUAAUCCAAAUACCAAUCAAUCUCCUUUGCAACCACUUAAACCAACUGCCACUGGUUCAGCCAAUCAUUUAUUCCGUAAAGAAUUCGGUGCCACUACUACAAACAACUCAUUUGAUGUAAAUAAACAAACACAAUCUUUACAACCUUUAAAACCAACAGCAACAGGAUCUGCCAAUUAUUUAAUGCGUAGCCAUUUUGAACCUAUAAAUAACCAACAACAGUCGACAAACAUCAACAAUACUGGUAGUAAUCCAGAAGUAUCACAAAUGAACAACUCCCUCCCCAUGCAACCUUUAAAGCCUACCGCUACAGGUUCAGCAAACUAUUUAAUGAAACAACAGCAGUUCCCAUCAUCUGCAAUGCAACAACUAAAUACGCAAACUAGCCCUGUACCAAGCCCAAACAAAUUUGCAUCUCCACAAACAACGGGACAACAGCAACACGUGUCGUACCUACCAACACAAUUACAACAACAAAAUAUAUAUAUGAAUAACCUUCAAGUACCGAAUCCAAUGCCACAACAAAAUACUUUCCCAAGAAACACACCCUCACAUCAGCAACAACACCAACAACAAAUGCCCUCAUACUUGUCACCUCCUCAGCAACAACAAUCACGUCCACAAUUGAAUCAAAAUACUCAACAACAACAACAACAAGCUGGUAGGCUUCCUGCCCCUAAUGCUGCAAGUAGUUAUCUUCAAACAUUAUUAUCGCAUUCUUCAUCUCCCACCACCAGUCAAACCACUAUAGACAUGCAAUAUCAUCAACCACAACAACCGCAACCACAACAACAUCAAAUACCAAACAAUGAUACAAGAACAGGAACGAAUCAGAAUUACACUAAUGAUUAUCAAACACAACAAAUGCAGCACCCUCAACAACAGCAUCAGCUCCAUCAACAAUAUCAUCACCACCAACAACAACAGCAACAACACUUACAACCACAGCUUACGCCACAUCAACAACAGCAACCUCAAUAUACGGGCCAACCCCCAUCGUCAUCAUCAUCAUCAUUACAAGCAUUCCCCAAUAGUAAUGUGAAUCAUACAUUACCUUCUAUAUAUCCAGGUUAUCCAAGUGGAAGGCCAUAUUCUUCUUCUUUUAGUACAAAUAACCUUGCAGAUUAUAACCAUAACAACAACAACAACAACAAUAAUAAUAAUUAUAAUAAUAUUAUCAAUAGACCACCGAUUUCUUCUCCAAGUCAUAGUAAUGAUAAUAUAUUGAAUAAUUUACAAUCAUUACAACAACAAGUUGAUGCAUUACAAAACCAAUAUGGGAGAGUUCCACGCUAA